AAGGGGGGGUGGGCGAGGAGAAGUUCUACCAUUUGCCCUCGACGAGCAUUGUUCUGCAAUACAAAACAGGGCGCGGCGGUUUGCACGUUGCAGAGGCAGAGGCAGAGGCAGAAGCAGAAGCGGCCAUGGCCAAUGUGAUGGUGAGGCCUUACGUGCUCUCAGUCUCGCGCCUAUUGCUUCUCCGAUCCCCCAAGCCCUCUCCCAGCCUCUCCAGUGGGUCGUCGUCUCCCCUCCGCGGAUUUCACGGACGCACCAGCGCCCUAAGCAACGGGAGGUCGGGUUUAGGUCUCGCUGGCGGCGCUCCCAUGCUCAGGUUCAGCAUCCGAGCCGCGCACGUGAACGACGCCGGUUCCAUCGACUCCCCUCUGAUGCAGUCCAUGCAGAGCAAGAUCAAGGAGCAUCUCAAUGCGGAAUCGGUUGUCGUGAAAGAUGCUUAUGGGGAUGGUCGGCAUGUGAGCAUUGAUGUUGUAGCUUCAUCCUUUGAGGGUCAGUCAACCGUAAAUCGGCAGAGGAUGGUUUAUAAAGCCAUAUGGGAGGAGCUUCAGAGUACAGUGCAUGCUGUGGACCAGAUGACUACACGUACCCCUGCUGAGGCUGCAUCAGAUUAAAAUAAGGCAUUGACAGUAAUGCAGGUGAAGACUUGAGUUGGAGUUGGAGUUGGAGUUGGACUAUCCUGAUCAAGUUAUAUCGGUACUUGGUUUCUCCAUUCUAGCCCUUUCUUUAGUCUAUGGCUGGGCAAGUGUAAUCUAUUAUCGAUGAUAAUUGAGUUUCAUUCUUGUUUGGUCAAUUAUACUGUGUUCUUGGAUACAAAGUUUCGAGAAGAUGAAGGUGCAUGUGAGAUGGCACACUAACUGAUAAAGGCAUUUUCAGGAGUAAUCUCAAGACUAUUUGGUCUAACGCAGAAAAAAUCCAUGGUUGUGGGGGUUA